CCCCGCCCACGGCCCCGCCAUCACGUGACGGGUCCCCCUCUUGGCGGUCGCGGUGGCUGCCGCGCGGUAGUCAUCAUGGGGGUGGCGCCGCGGAGCUGUCCGGUGCCGCGGUGGCUGCUGCUGUUCCCGCUGUUCCUGGGCCUCAGUGCGGGAGCUGUCAUUGACUGGCCGGCACAAGAGGGCAAGGAAACAUGGGACUAUGUGACUGUCCGCAAAAACGCCCACAUGUUCUGGUGGCUCUAUUAUGCCACCAACCCCUGUAAGAACUUCUCACAGCUGCCCCUGGUCAUGUGGCUUCAGGGUGGUCCAGGCGGUUCCAGCACUGGCUUUGGAAAUUUUGAGGAAAUUGGACCCCUUGACCGUGAUCUGAAACCACGAAGAACCACCUGGCUCCAGGCUGCCAGCCUCCUCUUCGUGGAUAACCCCGUGGGCACUGGCUUUAGUUAUGUGAACACGACUGAUGCGUAUGCCAAGGACCUAGCUACGGUGGCUUCUGACAUGCUGGUCCUCCUGAAGACCUUCUUCAAUUGCCACAAAGAGUUCCAGACAGUUCCAUUCUAUAUUUUCUCAGAGUCCUAUGGAGGAAAAAUGGCUGCUGGCAUUGGUCUGGAGCUUUAUAAGGCUGUUCAGGAAGGAAUCAUCAAGUGCAACUUUUCUGGGGUAGCUUUGGGCGAUUCCUGGAUCUCUCCUGUUGAUUCGGUGCUGUCCUGGGGACCUUACCUGUACAGCAUGUCUCUUCUCGACGACACUGGUCUGGCAGAGGUGUCCACCGUUGCGGAAAAGGUCCUGGAUGCCAUAAAUAGUGGGUUCUACAAGGAAGCCACCCAGCUGUGGGAGGAGGCAGAAGUGAUCAUUGAAAAGAAUGCAGACGGGGUGAACUUCUAUAACAUCUUAACCAAGAGCACCCCCAAUUUGGCCAUGGAAUCCAGCCUAGAGUUCAUGCCGAACUACCUGGCUCGCCUUUCUCAACGCCACGUGCGACACCUGCACCAGGAUGCCUUGAGUCAGCUCAUGAAUGGCCCCAUCAGAAAGAAGCUCAAAAUUAUUCCUGAAGAUAUCUCCUGGGGAGCCCAGUCUUCUUCCGUCUUCAUAAGCAUGGAAGAGGACUUCAUGAAGCCUGUCAUCAGCAUUGUAGAUGAGUUGCUGGAAGCUGGGGUCAACGUGACUGUAUACAAUGGACAAUUGGAUCUCAUCGUGGACACCAUGGGUCAGGAGGCUUGGCUGCGGAAGCUGAAAUGGCUAGAGAUGCCCAAAUUCAAUCAGCUGAAGUGGAAGGCCUUGCACAGCAGCCCAAAGUCCUUGGAAACGUCCGCUUUUGUCAAGUCCUACAAGAACCUGUCUUUCUUCUGGAUUCUGGGCGCAGGUCACAUGGUUCCCGCUGACCAAGGAGACAUGGCUCUGAAGAUGAUGCGGCUGGUGACUCAGCAGGAGUAGGUGGCCCUGGGGACACAGGAGCGGACCACGGAUGCUGGAGCACGGGGAAACUCGAUCUGUCGCCUCCAAGUCCAGCGUGGUCCCGGAUGAUGAAGGCUCCUCCCAGCACCUGCAGAGACCAAAAGCUCACCCUCUGCAGUGACUUGGAAGUCAUUUUUGCCUUUUUUUUUUUUUUUCAGGUUUUUGAGACAAGGUCUUGCUAUGUAGUCCAGACUGGUCUUAAAAUUAACUGUGUUGCCCAGGCUGGCCUUGAACUCACAGCGAUCCUCCUGUCUCAGCCCUCAGCCUCUCAAUCUGCUUAAAAAAACAAAAAAACAAACAAACUUAAGUUUUAAAAAAUGGAUUAUUCUAAUCAAAAUGAAGAACUGUGAUAGAUUGACUUGCUCUUAUUUUGAAAGAAAAUGAUGUGAUUUACUAAAAAAGUGAGAAACACAGUUAAGCAAAGAACAAAAUCAAAACUUAUGUGCUCCCUUCCUGGGGAGAAGCACGCUCACCAAUCCAGUGUCUGUUCCUGCAGAUGUCUUUUUGCUAUACAUGCAUAUUUUUUUAAUAAAAAUUGAAUCAUUACUGUAUUAUUUUACUGUCUACUUUGUUCAUGUAUCAGUAUAUCCUAACCACCUUUCCAUGUCAAUAAAUGUUCUUCUGUAACAUUUC